UUUCACAUAUUAUGCGAACAAACAGACCUCUUUCUUAUCUUUCCUCUCUUUUUCUGCCAUUUCCAACCAUGUUUUCAGACACGCCGUUCCCUUCCAAAAGACAAAAAACAUCGCCGGAUAAAACCUCUGACUUCUUCGAAUAUUUGCCGGACGAUCUUCUCCUCUCUAUCCUCUGCAAGCUCAGUGCCACAGCAUCUUCACCCUCCGAUUUUAUCAAUGUAUUAGUAACGUGCAAGAGACUAAACUCUCUAGGCCUUCACUCUCUCGUGCUAUCAAAAGCAUCCCACAAAACAUUCUCAGUCAAACCCCAAAAUUGGUGUGAUUCUGUUCACCGUUUCCUCAAACACUGUGCCGAUGCCGGAAACGUUGAAGCCUGUUACACUCUCGGCAUGAUUCGGUUUUAUUGUCUGCAAAACAGAGGGAGCGGCGCGUCGCUGAUGGCGAAGGCGGCUAUGAAUUCUCACGCGCCGGCGUUGUAUUCUCUCGCGGUGAUACAGUUCAACGGAAGCGGCGGCACAAAAAGCGACAAGGACCUUCGUGCCGGAGUGGCCCUCUGCGCCCGCGCUGCUUUUCUCGGUCACAUCGAUGCGCUGCGUGAGCUGGGUCAUUGUUUGCAAGACGGUUACGGCGUUAAGCAGAACGUAGCGGAAGGUCGACGUUUUUUGUUGCAAGCCAACGCGCGUGAACUCGCCGCCGUGCUCUCCGGCUCGAACAAUAAGCGUCCGUGGAACCUCCCGGUACCGCACCCGCGACUCCGUUUGGGGACCGGGACGGGUUGUCCACUGUUGAGUGAUUACGGUUGCAACGUGCCGGCGUCGGAGACUCAUCCGGCGAGUAAGUUUUUGUCGGAGUGGUUUGAAAUUCGGAGCGGGUCACUGGGUCCGGGUAUGAGACUGUGUUCACAUUGGGGUUGCGGGCGACCCGAGACUAGGAGGCACGAGUUCCGGAGGUGUUCGGUUUGCGGUGUGGUGAAUUAUUGCUCGCGCGCGUGUCAGGCGCUUGAUUGGAAAUUCCGGCACAAGGCGGAAUGUGCUCCCGUUGAGAGGUGGCUCAAUGACGACGGGGAAGAAGUCGCCGGCGAGGACGGCGGCGGCGACGCCGUUAUGAUGGCUAAUAGUUAGAUUAAAUUAAACGUUAGAACAAAACCCGUCUGGAAGUUUCAAUGAAGGGGUAAGAAUCUAUUUUUUUCGUUUGGGGUGAAAUGGGAAGAAAAAAAAAUCUCAUUUAUUACCUUGGAUAUGCAAAAUGCAAACUUCAAUGACAGAGUUUUGCUUCCUUUUACUUUUA